GAAGCAUGUUUCCAGACACGUUUUCCCACUGCAUUUUGAAAAACUUCAGAUCCUUAAAUCCACCAAAAGACAACGAAACUCAAGCAACUGUAGGGAUUGUGUUCCAUGGGACUACUGCCAUUGCAGAGCUCCCACAGAAUGAUGUUGUUGCUCAAACCUUAGUAGAAGCUCUGAAUAAUUCCACCAAUAUUUCUAAUCUGAGCAUUAACCCUGCUUCAGUCAAAGUAUUAGCAAGUCCAGUUCCAGAUCCGAUUACGACUGCUCCACCUACAACCACACCAUCCACAGCAACAACAACACCUGCAGCCCCUGAACCCACUUAUAUUCUCUCAGCAGAAUUUAAAGAAGUGGCUUUUUCACCUGCCCUCACUGACUCCAACAGCGAUGAAUACAAAGCACUUGAAACAGCAGCUCUAAAUGCGUGUAACAAUGAAUACAGAAGCAUGUUUCCAAACACGUUUUCCCACUGCAUUUUGAAAAACUUCAGAUCCUUAAAUCCACCAAAGGACAACGAAACUCAAGCAACUGUGGGGAUUGUGUUCCAUGGGACUACUGCCAUUGCAGAGCUCCCACAGAAUUAUGUUGUUGCUCAAACCUUAGUAGAAGCUCUGAAUAAUUCCACCAAUAUUCCUAAUCUGAGCAUUAACCCUGCUUCAGUCAAAGUAUUAGCAAGUCCAGUUCCAGAUCCGAUUACGACUGCUCCACCUACAACCACACCAUCCACAGCAACAACAACACCUGCAGCCCAUGAACCCACUUAUAUUCUCUCAGCAGAAUUUAAAGAAGUGGCUUUUUCACCUGCCCUCACUGACUCCAACAGCGAUGAAUACAAAGCACUUGAAACAGCAGCUCUAAAUGCGUGUAACAAUAAAUACAGAAGCAUGUUUCCAGACACGUUUUCCCACUGCAUUUUGAAAAACUUCAGAUCCUUAAAUCCACCAAAAGACAACGAAACUCAAGCAACUGUAGGGAUUGUGUUCCAUGGGACUACUGCCAUUGCAGAGCUCCCACAGAAUGAUGUUGUUGCUCAAACCUUAGUAGAAGCUCUGAAUAAUUCCACCAAUAUUUCUAAUCUGAGCAUUAACCCUGCUUCAGUCAAAGUAUUAGCAAGUCCAGUUCCAGAUCCGAUUACGACUGCUCCACCUACAACCACACCAUCCACAGCAACAACAACACCUGCAGCCCCUGAACCCACUUAUAUUCUCUCAGCAGAAUUUAAAGAAGUGGCUUUUUCACCUGCCCUCACUGACUCCAACAGCGAUGAAUACAAAGCACUUGAAACAGCAGCUCUAAAUGCGUGUAACAAUGAAUACAGAAGCAUGUUUCCAAACACGUUUUCCCACUGCAUUUUGAAAAACUUCAGUGCCUUAAAUCCACCAAAAGACAACGAAACUCAAGCAACUGUGGGGGUUGUGUUCCAUGGGACUACUGCCAUUGCAGAGCUCCCACAGAAUGAUGUUGUUGCUCAAACCUUAGUAGAAGCUCUGAGUAAUUCCACCAAUAUUCCUAUCCUGAGCAUUAAUCCCGCUUCAGUCAAAGUAUUAGCAAGUCCAGUGCCAUAUAUAAUUACAACUGAUGCACCAGCAACCACACCAACUGCAGCAGCAACAAACACAGCAGCCCCGGAUCAUAGUUAUGUUCUAGACAUACAAUUGAUAGGAGAACCUUUUUCCCCUGCCCUCACUAACACCAGCAGCAAGGAAUACAAAGCACUUGAAAAAAGAAUUUUAAAUGCGUGUGGUGAAAUAUACAGAAAAACAUAUCCCAAAACAUUUUCCCACUGCCUUUUGAAAGAAUUCCGUGCCUCAAAUGUAACACGAGUUACUGAAACUCGGGCGACUUUUGAAGCUGUGUUCCAUGGGAAUACUUCUUAUGCAGACCUCCCAAUGAAUUCUGCUGUUAUUAAAGAAUUCGUACUAGCUGUCAAUAAUUCCAACAAUGCCUUCAACUUGAGCAUAAAUCCCACCUCAGUCAUGAUAUUAGACAGUCCAGUUGAAGAUCCGAUUACAACUGAUGCACCAGCAACCACACCAGCUUGUGGUGAAAUAUACAGAACAAAAUAUCCCAAAACCUUUUCCCACUGCCUUUUGAAAGAAUUCCGACAGUCCAGUGACAGAUCCAACUACAGCUCCCACACCUAG